AUGGUAGUGGCAGUGCCCCUUCUGAACGUCCCCUCCUCAAAGUCGGGAGAUAAGAGUGCCGCGCAGAGACGGGAACACAGAGAGGGGAUAGAGCCGCAGAGAAAGAAGGGGUUUGGCUUUUCCUGCUCUCCCUUUCAGGCCGUAGGAGUCAGCGCCGACACACAAAGGCCCCCAAAGCCGGUUCCCAAACGGCCCCUGAAUGAGGCUCCGUUGGUGGCGGCGGUGCAUUCAAAGCCUCUCCCAUUGGGCACAUUGUCCUGGAGGAUCGCGGCAGGAGAAUGCGGUUUGCUGGUGGCUGCCAAAAGAGGUGGCGGGCGCAGAGGCGGCGGGCGCAGAGGCGGCGGGCGCAGAGGCGUCGGGCGCAGAGGCGGCGGGCGCAGAGGCGGCGGGCGCAGAGGCGGCGGGCAGCCUGUGGUGGAGCUGCUGCAGAACCAGUUAUUGGGCAAAAGAAAGUGUGUUUUUGUGUGCAGAGAGAGCAGGGGCAGAACCACGCACUCUAUCAUUCUGUUCAUCGUGACGCUGCAAAUGGAUAUCGCAUAA